CCAUAAUGGAAUCUCUCGGGAAAAGUAUCAGAGUCAUAGAAAGAAAUCAGCAAAACCUGAAACACAACAGAAAAAAACGAACUAACGAAAAGGCAGAGAGAGUGAGAGAGAGAGAUUGAAUCAUACGGCGCACCUUUUUUCCCUCUCACUGCCGCCGGCGGUUCUCUUACUCCGCAGCUUCAGAACUCCGGUCAGUAACGCCCAACGCACAUAGAAUUCAAUUACUUUGAGCCGCCGUCCACAGCAAAUCUUAUUUCACUCUUCCAGUGAAAAUCGAGGAGUUGACGGAAGAUGAAGAUGGCAGGUGAAGCCCUCAACCAGAUCUGAUGAUGCCUUUACACGUCAGAUGUGGGUCAUCCUGGACGGCCCUGAUUGACCCGACCACCCACCAAAAUUCCUUAAGCGGAGGGAAGCCGGGACACCCAGAUUCCGCUGCUUUUGCCCCCAAAUCAAAUAUCCAUUUUUCUCUCACUCUGUGUUAAUGGCAGGCGACAAUGAUGAUUCCACUGUUACAGUGCGUCCGAAUGCGAGCCCUAUCAAACCCGAUUCGCCACCGCUUCUGAAGCGAUCGAAGACCAUCGCCGUCGAUGCUUCCCAGACGCCUCACUUCCCCGCCGUCCGCCGUGUUUCAACUGCUCCGCUUUCUGCUUCUUCUUUCCGUCAACCUACUGAUCUUCGCCUCUCCAUCGACAACGAUUCUGCCCCUGUCACUGACGGCGCCCAGUUCUUCAAUAGGGAUUAUAUUUUCCCCUCCUGCCUUGGUCCCUAUGCUUCCAAGCCCAGACUCACGUUCAAGGCCACCAAGCACGCCAACCAGGACCUGUCCACCGCCUCCUCCUUCAAUCGUCGCCUUGGUUCGAAUCGGGUGCAUGGUGCGGUGGCGGAACAGUCGCCCCCAAAAGCACCUCCGUCGAAGGUGCAAGAAUCAAAGAAGCAAGAGAAGCCGGUCAAGCUGAUUGGCAGACCCGAUUCGGCGUCUCAAUCCAGUAUGAGGAGAUUUUUGAAACCUACGCAUUCCUUAAUGCACUACUUGCCCAUUAUCGCUUGUAUGUUCAUGGGAUUCUAUGCAGUUUAUCUGCAAAAGAAAGUUACGAAACUUGAGGGAGAGAAAUCUCGCCUUCAUCAACUCUGUAGUGAUGAAAACGUUAUCAGUGCAACCUGGGUAAUGUCAGUACCAGGAGAUAACAAUUCGACAUUUAAUUUUUUUAAUGCUGACAGUCGAUCUGUAGCUCUGUAUACUGUAGUGUGCACACUUGUUAUGCCGUUCAUAUUGUACAAGUAUCUUGAUUACCUUCCCCGGAUUAAGAACUUUUCAGAAAGAACUCAAAAUAGCAAAGACGUGGUUCCUUUGAACAAGAGAAUUGCAUAUGUGGUCGAUGUGUGUUUCUCCAUCUAUCCUUAUGCAAAGCUGCUUGCACUUCUUUUUGCCACUGUAUUUCUUAUAGGAUUUGGAGGAUUGGCAUUAUAUGCUGUUAGUGAUGGUAGCUUUGCUGAAGCUCUCUGGCUUUCAUGGACAUUUGUGGCCGACUCGGGAAAUCAUGCUGACAGGGUUGGCAUUGGGCCCAGAAUUGUUUCUGUGUCUAUAAGCGCAGGGGGUAUGCUGAUUUUUGCAAUGAUGCUUGGGCUUGUUUCUGACGCUAUUUCAGAGAAAGUUGACUCACUGCGGAAAGGAAAGAGUGAAGUCAUUGAAAGAAACCACAUUCUCAUUCUUGGAUGGAGUGAUAAAUUGGGUUCACUUUUGAAGCAAUUAGCAAUUGCAAAUAAGAGCGUUGGUGGAGGGGUAGUUGUUGUUCUUGCUGAAAGAGACAAAGAGGAAAUGGAGAUGGAUAUAGCAAAGCUAGAAUUUGAUUUCAUGGGGACCUCUGUCAUUUGUAGGAGUGGCAGUCCUCUUAUACUUGCCGACUUGAAGAAGGUCUCUGUCUCUAAGGCACGUGCUAUCAUUGUUUUGGCAACGGAUGAGAAUGCAGAUCAGAGUGAUGCACGUGCUUUGAGGGUUGUGCUCAGCCUCACUGGAGUGAAGGAAGGUUUGAGGGGCCAUGUAGUUGUUGAGAUGAGCGACCUCGACAAUGAACCUCUGGUAAAGCUUGUUGGAGGUGGAGUUAUUGAAACGGUUGUUGCUCAUGAUGUUAUUGGACGCUUAAUGAUACAAUGUGCUCUGCAACCGGGACUUGCACAGAUAUGGGAAGAUAUCUUGGGGUUUGAGAAUUCAGAAUUCUACAUCCAAAGAUGGCCUCAAUUAGAUGGACAACGAUUUGGAGAUGUACUGAUUUCAUUUCCUGAUGCUAUUCCUUGUGGAGUUAAGGUUGCCGCAGAUGGUGGAAAGAUAAUCUUAAAUCCAGAUGAUAACUACAUUUUAAAGGAGGGGGAUGAAGUCCUUGUUAUAGCUGAGGAUGAUGACACCUAUGCUCCGGGGCCAAUUCCUGAGGUGCGCAGGCCAUUCUUCCAAAAGAUUAUCGACCCUCCAAAAUAUCCCGAAAAGAUAUUGUUUUGUGGUUGGCGCCGUGAUAUAGAUGAUAUGAUUAUGGUUCUAGAGGCAAUCCUCGCUCCUGGUUCAGAGCUGUGGAUGUUUAAUGAAGUUCUUGUAACAGAGAGAGAGAAAAAGCUUAUUGAUGGCGGACUUGAUAUUUCUAGUCUAGUAAAUAUCAAACUUGUCCAUCGCCAGGGAAAUGCUGUCAUUAGAAGACAUUUAGAAUCACUUCCACUUGAAACAUUUGAUUCUAUACUAAUUCUCGCAGAUGAAUCCUUGGAGGACUCUGUUGUGCAUUCGGAUUCACGUUCUCUUGCCACUCUUCUCCUUAUUCGAGACAUACAGUCGAAGAGGCUUCCGAACAAAGAUGUAAAGCUAACUUCAACGUCCUUGCGGCUUGCUGGGUUUUCUCACCACUCGUGGAUUCGAGAAAUGCAGCAAGCCUCAGACAGAUCAAUAAUAAUUAGUGAAAUCCUGGAUUCAAGGACCAGAAAUCUGGUAUCAGUUUCUAGAAUCAGUGAUUAUGUGUUGUCCAAUGAAUUGGUAAGUAUGGCACUUGCUAUGGUGGCGGAAGACCAGCAGAUUAAUCGUGUCCUUGAGGAACUAUUUGCAGAAGAGGGCAAUGAAAUGUGUAUUCGACCGGCGGAAUUUUAUUUAGUUGACCAGGAAGAGCUCUGUUUUUACGACAUAAUGAUUAGGGGGCGACAGAGACGAGAAAUAGUGAUAGGCUACAGGAUUGGAAUUUCGGAGAACGCCAUAAUCAAUCCACCACAGAAAUCUGAGCAGCGAAAAUGGUCUCUUGAUGAUGUUUUCGUUGUGAUAUCAUCAGGUUGAAGAAGGUAGGGACACAAGACAACAACAAAGGAUGGCAGGUACAGUUUUGUACUAUUUUGCAAAUCCCUGGAUAAGCCAUCCACAAUGAUAGGGACAGGCGGCCGGGGAUUAUAUCUCUUAACUCAUCAAGACAAGACAGACAUGAUUUGUUGAAGGUAGGGAUUUUGAAGAUAAUUUUGAUGGGGGAGAAGCCAAGGGGAAGGUAUGUGUAUUAGUUAGUUAGUGUACAUAAGAACUUAAGAGGCUAACUAUACGCAUUGUUACAUUACAUGGUCAAAAUAAAGCUGGCUGAGUUGUUUUCUCUUCCUUUAUUUUUUGUUUUUGUGGGGUUAAUGAUGGGUGAUGGGUUGAAAUGGAAGGCAGAGAUUCUGAGGAGUACAAAACAAAGCAGCUGAGGUAUAAUUGGAAAUAUGCGCUGUGGUCUCCUCUGCCUCCACACAGUCCACCCCCACUUACUUUCCUUUGCCGUUUUGGAGUACUCUUCUAGCUCACUCUCUAGUUCAUUCAAACUUGUUGCUGCUCUGAUCUUAACAUUAUGAUGCUACUCACAGGGAUGGAAGAGAAAUUUGUAGAAAUAUGUUGCGUUAUGUACAAAAAUGCUUGAAUUUUUAUGUGAAAAAUAUGGAUAAUGAAUAAAAGUUGAUGCAUUAACCAAGUAGAUUAUGAUUUUGUGGA